UAGCGCACCCUACUUCUCCUUCCCCUCCGUUUCUCUUUUUCACGUCCGGCUGGCGGAUCCGUCAUUUUGCAAUCGAGGAAUCGGUAAAUUUUAUCAGAUGAACUCUACGUGGGAGGGAGUAUUUCUUCUCUUGAUUUUCAUCGUACAGACGAUCUACUUGUCACUGCUAGUGAAGAUGAUUCAGUACGCCUCUACAGUAUUGUAGAUGCCAUAUUGUUGAAGACAAUGUAUCAUAAGAAACAUGGCGCGGACAGUAUCUGUUUCACACAUCAUCCAAGUUCCAUUUUAUGUUCAUCAAGAUACAAUUUGGAGUCUACAAAUGAAUCAUUGAGGUACCUUUCUAUGUAUGACAAUCGAUGCCUGCGUUACUUCAAGGGGCAUAAAAAAAGAGUUGUCUCCCUUUGCAUGUCUCCUAUCAAUGAUAGUUUUAUGUCAGGUUCUCUUGACCACAGUGUUAGAAUCUGGGACCUUCGGGUGAAUGCUUGUCAGGGAAUAUUGCGGUUGCGUGGUAGGCCGACUGUUGCAUAUGAUCAACAGGGCCUUGUUUUUGCUGUAUCAAUGGAAGGCGGCGCUAUUAAGUUGUUUGAUUCACGAUCUUACGACAAGGGUCCCUUCGACACUUUUCUAGUGGGUGGAGACACAGCUGAAGUCUGUGAUAUCAAAUUUAGUAAUGAUGGGAAGUCUAUGCUUUUAACAACAACAAGCAACAAUGUCUAUGUUCUGGAUGCUUACUGCGGGGAUAAGCGGUGUGGAUUCAGUUUAGAGCCAUCUUCUAACAUAACAACUGAAUCUUCUUUCACUCCAGAUGGAAAAUAUGUUAUUUCAGGAUCUGGAGAUGGAACCUUACAUGCUUGGAAUGUAAACAUGAGAAAUGAGGUUGCCUGCUGGAACAGUCAGAUCGGUGCCACAACUUGCUUGAAAUGGGCUCCCCGGAGAGCCAUGUUUGCAGCAGCAUCAACAGUCCUCACAUUUUGGAUUCCAAAUUUAUCGAAGUUGAGUAACUCUCCCAGCACUGAAGUUUCUGCUGCAUAAUUUUCUAAUUCAAAAUAUAUAUUUAGGAUAUUUUGCACUCACAUGUAUGAUUGAUGUAUUUGUUUAGGCCAGGUUGACUUUUGGCUAACUUGGGUUGACCAUGCUUUUAGCAUAAAAUGUUUCUUGGUCAUGUAGUUAAACUUAAAUUUAGAGCUAAGUUUACAUGUUUUGCUC